UCAGUCUUGAUUCUUCAACUGAAUAAAGUAUUCUAGCAUAACUGUUUAGGGGAAGAGGGGGGAAAUUGUAUGCAGAAAAAUGCAUAAAACUCUGAAGAGACUCUCUUGAAGGAUAGGAGUUGACCAAAGUUAUUUUUGAGUAUUUAUAAAUAUGAUGAGUUCUAUGGAUAACAUGGGAUGUAAUAAAGGGCAACAUGUGGGAAAGGCGAAAAAGAAGGCAGUGAAAGAUGAGUUGGAUCGUCUUAAACAGGCUGAAAAGAAAAAGAGGCGGUUAGAAAAAGCUCUAGCUACUUCUGCUGCCAUCAUUUCUGAACUGGAGAAAAAGAAGCAGAAGAAGAAAGAGGAGCAACAGAGACUUGAUGAAGAGGGCGCUGCAAUUGCUGAAGCGGUGGCUUUGCAAGUUUUACUGGGAGAAGAUUCAGAUGAUACCUGUAAGAUUGCUAUAAAUGAGAGCGGAUGCAAGACUUGGAAUUAUAAUCACGAAUUUGAGGUCUUCAUGGGUGGACCAAGAGCUUGUUUUGCUGAUGUAGAAGGUGGUGGCACAUGGUCUGUUUCUUCUGAAAAUGGCAAGUGGUCCUUCACAUGCAGGCCUCUUGAGAAGAAUGUGUAUGAACCGCUGCAUGAAGAAGUGGGAUGGGGUUCUACUGGAUUCUCUGUUGAUUAUAUAGCAGCACAAGCUGUUAGAUCACUCCAGAUUGCAGAGGAUGCAAAUGAAGCAAGAAUUCUCUUCUAAUGGAAAUGCUAAAAUCGCAUUAUUUCUGUCAUUGUUGGUGCUGGGUGAAGUCUUAAACUUCUGCUACUUUACUGGAGGUUGUCUUUUGUACAUCAUCAUCGUACCAUAUGUGCUUGUCAGCUACAUUCUACUUCAGCUGUGUGUGACUUAACUUGUUGCUCUUCUGUCACUGUAUUUUCUUAUGAUUUUAGUUAACUGCGUGCAUAGCUACUAAUUUUCCAUUAGGAUUGACUUCCAUAGUCUUGUUAUUUAAUUACAGUGUUUCACAUAUUUUAUACUC